AUGCGCGGCAAGAUCACGUUAGAAGACCAUUUCAAUCUACCCGAAUUCGCGGAGAAGGCGAAAUGGUGGGCCAGUCUGUUCGCUGUCGAUGCCGACAAGCACGUUCGCGAGAUCAGUGACGUGGGCAAGAUCAGAUUGGACUAUGCCAACGAAUAUGGAGUCGGCUACCACAUCCUGAGCUACACGGCGCCGGGAAUUCAGGACAUGGCUGACCCAAAGGAAGCCAUCUCGCUGGCAAGACAGGUCAACGACUAUAUCUAUGAGCAGAUCAAAGACAAGUCCGACAGAUUUGGUUCGUUUGCGACGCUGUCCAUGCACGACCCAUCCGAGGCAGCGGCGGAAUUGAGACGCUGCGUUGAACAGUACGGCUUCAAGGGCGCAUUGGUCAAUGACGUCCAGAUAGCCUCGGACGGGAAGUCCCUGAUAUUUUAUGAUCAGCCUGAGUGGGAUGUGUUCUGGCAGACUUGUGUCGAACUCGACGUCCCCUUCUACCUUCAUCCCAAACAGCCCACGGGUGUGGUGUAUGAUACUUUGUGGGCUGAUCGCAAAUGGUUGGUCGGUCCUCCUCUCAGCUUUGCACAGGGUGUGAGCCUGCAUCUGCUGGGCAUGGUUGUCAAUGGGGUCUUUGACAGAAACCCCAAACUCCAAGUGGUGAUCGGACAUCUGGGAGAGCAUAUUCCUUUUGAUCUGUGGCGGAUCAACCAUUGGUUUGAGGAUGUCAAGAAGCCGUUGGGAUUGAAGGAGACGUGUAAGAGGACCAUCCGGGAGUACUUUCGUGACAACAUCUGGAUCACAACCUCGGGGCACUUUUCGACGUCGACCCUGAAGUACUGCAUCGAAGAACUCGGCGGCGCAGAUCGAAUCAUGUUCUCGACCGACUAUCCUUUCGAAUGUUAUAAGGAUGCUUGUACCUGGUUUGAUGGAUUGAAAUUGGAAGAUGGCCAGAAGGAGGCGAUUGGGCGGGAGAAUGCACUUCGAUUGUUCAAACUCAAAGAUGUAGCGUAAGUUCCAUGCCAGGGCUAUGUUUGCAUCAAUCGGUAUUGAUCUCAUUCGCGACGAACCUUGCCAUAUUCAAGAGAAGCCUGCUGUAGUCGUGGAAUGUGGAUAGAAG